AUGGAGGACACCUCCGAGGAGGAGAUCUGCUUUCCAUGCCAGGCGCGCGGCAGGAUCAACGGCGUCGAGGACUUGCAGGGCGCCGGGCGCGGCCAGGUGCUGAACUACCUGGACAUCGAAGAGGAUGGGGGGGGCCCGACCUCACCUUCAGCAGCGCUGGCGAAGCGCUCAGCAGGACACCGGACGGCAGAAGCAGCCUACAACGAGACGACACCGGAGUGGAUUCUGCAGCUAGACCAGGCUCGGGAGAUGCCGGGCCAGACGAAGGCCCCGACGAGUUGGGCAGGCCCGAGGGAGCUGGCCCUGAUCUUCCAGCACGACCUGGAGGAGACGAAGGCCGAGGACAGGAGUUCUGAGGACAUCGGGAAGAAGCUCCAGGCGCACUGCGACAACCUGAAGCUCAUGGAGGCCAAGAUGGCUUUCGACGCAGGGGCGGCACCUCCAGGGGGCGACGCGCCCGCUUUGACCUCGAGGCCGAAGCCAGUCCUGCGACCCCAGCUUCUAUCCAGCCAGAACCUCUUCAAGCCCCCAGUGCUGCCCGAGAUUAACGAAGUCCAGCGGACGCGGCGUCGUCCGACCUACUGGGGCUGGCAGCCGUCGAAGCCCACCGGAAAAUGGAGACAGCGGGGGAAGCCCUACUUCCAAGCGCCCCAGUCCUUGCGGACCCGUUGUGGCCACAGUUUCGUCUUCAUGACGCGGUGCAAGGCCUGGCAGGGGCUCCACAGGGAGACGCCGACGCAGGCGUGGCAGUGUUUGGUAUACCGCAAGUGGACGGCGUGA